AUGAACUGCCCAUUAUGCCUCAUCUCACAAAAUACACUUUUCACACUCCCAUGCGGAGAAGCUAUUUGUGAAGAAUGUAUUGACUCCCUUGCGCUUGGUGGAGAACAAUUUGACUGCCCUCUUUGUUCGAAGAUACAUACGUUGGACGAGGUGUACAACCCACAGACACAAAAAGAAGAAGUGAAGGAAACGGCGCAUUUGGAAAUAAAAAAUUCUUUGCUUUUAGAAGAUACUCAAGACGUUCCUCAUACCGUUGACUCUUUUCAAACAAAUGAUAUUAUAACGGAAAAUGUUCACACUAAUACAUUAGCAGAACAACAACAAAGCAUUCAAACAAUACAACCUUCUAUACAAAGUAUUCAAGGAGAAGUCUCACAAGACUUUGAACCAAUCACUUUCAUUAAAGAACUUCCCAAUGAAACAACACAACAAACAAAACAACAACAAAGUGUUUCAAAAGACUCAAAACAACAAGAAAAGACUCAACAACAGUCUCUUGACAUCAUGCUUAACCAAAAAGUCGACUCACAACAGAAACAACCGUUGUUCGAUGUACAAGACUCUGUAUUGGACGAGUUACUCAAAAACCCAGAACCUCAACAAAUCCCUCUCCCACAAACUCUAAUAUUUGAAACGAAUGAUAUUCCUUUGGAUGUACCUCCUUAUGAACCAGAACUUAUCCAACAACCACAACAACCUAUUUGUUAUCUGCCUUACCAACAACAACCAACUGUUACACAAAACAUCGUUCCAAUGCAACAACAAAGCAUUCCUGGUAUACAACAACCCCAACCAAAAACUCAAAAACCACUCCCUCCACCUCCUCCACCAAAACCAAACACUAAGUCAACGAACCCAUUUGAUGAUAUCAAUAAACUCAUUAACUCGACUGGUGGAGACAAACAAAAUGUCGGUGCAGAGAACGAAGAUAUCCCACUGAGGUAUAGAGCAGCGUAUGGUGGGCCGUUGGACAAAUUUGACCAAAAGGAGAAGCCCGCGCUUCCUGGGAAAGCAACGCAACUGAAUAAAACAUAUUUCGAUGUCCCCCAACGCGAAAAACACCAACAAAGACAAUACACAGCACCACAAAGUAAGACACAAGACUACCAACAAUACACAGCAACUACUUUUCAAAAGAAGACGUUCGACUCUCCACAGACUUCAACGGGCUAUCAGAACCCAUUGACGUACCCAGAGAUCAGUGUUCCAUCGACAAAGCCAAUGGAUUUUUCAUUGAAAAGUUCGACGGGUGCACUUCCAGACACAGCGACGGGAAGAGUUGUGUGCUCUUCACAGAACUUCCGAUGUGACAAGUUACCACUGCACUUCAUGCGACAGGAAAUCGACGCGGAGAAGCUGUACAAAAUCUUUAAUAAAUGGAUCUCAGCGGGGAUCUUCUCGUCGAAAAAGCUUGAGGAGGCGAUUAGUAACCAACCUGUGUUGUUCACUGACAUUCAUAUGGUACCUUUCUUGUGGAUGCAAGUCACUUUCAGUUGUGACGGGUGUAUCGGAUAUUAUGAACGACCUCUGAGCCACGUCUUCUGUUUGUGGAACUCGAAUAGUAUGUACAGAACCCUUUUGUUGAACGAGUUGGCAAUUCCUCAAGGGAAGAUCUAUAAGUUUGACCCCAGCGACAAAGAAGCAAAAACGUUGAACGAAAUUGAUAACCCAUCGGUCCUCGCGAAGUUGUCUGGAUGGUUCAAAAACGACACACUUGUGACAAAGGAUAUCCCCAAGCUCAAAUUUGAAGAUUCAAAAGACCCGAUUCAGGCGUAUGUGGACUUUGUGAAGGGGCAGAAUACCCUUUUAACACGAGAGUACAAACAAAACGCCGUUAAGAGUGGGACGAGUGACUAUAUGGCGUCGUGUUCUGUGAAAGUAGUUGACGAGAAGUCGAAGGUGACUCGCAUCUACUUACCUUUCUGCUUCACGUCGUAUUCCUAUGAAUUAAAGAAUGAGCCUGUUCUCAUUAAUGCGGUCAACGGCGAUGUCUUUGGCAAUAAGAAGAAGUCUUGUUUUGGAGUUCAGUGGGAUACGCGGUAA